CGGGCGCUCUCCGCUUCUCUCCCGCCGGAGGACGCCAGCGCCGGGCGAUGGUGGCGCUUUCGGGAGCAGCUCGGUGAAGUCCGCGCCCGGAGCGAGCGCGCGUCACCCGCGGCGGGGAAGGAGCCAAGAUGGGAUGUUGCACCGGGCGCUGCACUUUGAUUUUCCUCUGCACUUUACAGCUGCUUGUUGCUUUAGAGAGACAAGUGUUUGAUUUUCUGGGGUACCAGUGGGCUCCAAUUCUUGCCAAUUUCCUCCACAUCAUCUUGGUUAUCCUGGGCCUCUUCGGGACAAUCCAGUACAGACCACGCUACAUUGUGGUGUACGCCAUCUGGACAGCCAUUUGGGUCACCUGGAACAUUUUCAUCAUCUGCUUUUAUUUGGAAGUCGGCGGUCUCUCGAAGGACAGUGAACUUUUGACUUUUAACAUCUCCCAACACCAGUCAUGGUGGAGUGAGAACGGUCCUGGUUGUAUAAGGAAGGAGACACCCAUGAUUGGCAUCAAAGGUCUGGACAGCCAUUCAUACGUCUCUGUGAUCGGUUGCGCAUUGGAAUACCGUUACAUUGAGGUCAUGCACAGCGCACUGCAGAUUCUGGUGGCGCUGGUGGGAUUUGUGUAUGCCUGUUACGUUGUCAGUGUUUUUACAGAAGAAGAAGACAGCUUUGAUUUCAUUGGUGGAUUUGACCCAUUCCCUCUCUACCAUGUUAAUGAAAAGCCUUCCAAUCUUUUGUUCAAGCAGACCUAUCUGCCUGCAUAAGUGAUGAGACCCAGCGACUGGACAGGCGGAAAGCAUCCAUCCACAACUGAAAAGCCAAAAGUUCAGCCAGUGGCAGCCAAGGAAUGGGAGAUGCCUUCCGCUUUAAAGAGCACGUCUCCGCGGGAUCACCGUCCUAUACUUGGCCCUUCCAGCCAGCUUGCUGUCUUGCUGGCACCUACUCAGACAAUGCCUCAUUAGUGGAUUUGUAGGUUUUGUUAUUAAUGAAUGAAAUGGAAAGAUUAUUUCCUUCUUCCUCUCCCACCCCCACCCUCCCCC